AUGUCGUAUGCUAAAGCUAGUUGUGGGACAGCGGCAAAGAAGAAGAACAACAAGAAAAAGAAGAAUGCGAACAAGAGCAAAGAGCCGGCGCAGACGAGCAACGGCGAUGCCAGAAUCGACAAGGACGAGCUAGAGGACGAACCAGACACGCCCACAACCGCCGAAAUCCCAAGUACGAGUAAUGUCGACAACGCCGAAGAGCCCAAGAGCGAAACCAACGGACACCCAGUAGCGCCGUCGAACCACGAGCAUCCUGAGCCGCAUGCGCCUGCGCAACACCCCGACGGCGAAUCCGACACAUCGGCCAAGCUAGAAGCCAUGAGUAAAGAGCGAGAGGCUCUCCGAGUCGAGGUUGAGCAGCUGCGGAAACAACUAGAAAGCAUUCAAGAAAAUCACCAGGCCGAGGUGUCACAGCUGCAGGCGGAGCUAGAAGACAGCAAUGCCGCAAGAGAGACCGCCGAAGAGCAAUACCAGACGCUACUUGGGCGAGUCGAGAAAAUUAAGGAGACACUGAGUGACCGGCUUAAGCGAGACAAGGCCGAGUUAGAGGAAGCAAAGGAACACAUAGAAGAGCUUGAGGCGCAAAACGAGGAGCUUCGAAAUGCAGCAGAGUCGUCCAGUGAGAGCCUGGCAAAGGUUCGAGAAGAGCUCCAGGAUGCCACGCGAGAGCUUACCACACUUCGAAGUCGCAAUAACCUGUCGGCAAACAAUUGGGGGAAGGAGAGGGAAGAGCUCAUUAGGUCCAUCCAGCAUCUCAAGGAAGAGAUGGAGACAACUUCCAAUGCCAUGGGCGAAUGGGAAGUCAUUGCCAUGGAGGAGCGUUCUAUUAAAGAGAAUCUUGGAGACAAAGUUGCCGAGUUGGAGGAAGAAAUUGUCGGGUUAAGAGAAGGAUACGAGGCGGCUGCCGCCGAGCGCGAUAGCCAGGCGACAUUAAUCGACAACCUUCAAAAUGCGCUACGAGAGAUCCAAGAUGCCCGAAAGAAGGAGCUUCGCGACUUGGUUGAGACCAGUGAAGCCCAGCUCCAAGAGCAAAAGAAACUGGUACAAGAAGCUGUCGCGAAAGCUUCAGAAGCACAAGAAGCCAAGGCCGAGCUCGUCAAGGAACUCGAGCGCACCGUUCCCUUUGAAAAGGAGGUCAAGGAGAAAAAUCUUCUCAUCGGAAAGUUGCGGCAUGAGGCUAUUGUGCUGAAUGACCACCUCACCAAAGCCCUAAGAUAUCUCAAAAAGACAAAACCCGAAGACAACGUCGAUAGACAAGUCGUCACAAAUCAUCUACUCCAUUUCCUCACACUAGACCGAGGCGACGCCAAGCGCUUCCAGGUUUUGCAGGUCAUGGCCGGCUAUCUGAACUGGACCGAUGAACAGCGCGAACAAGCUGGACUUGCUCGUCCGGGAGGGUCUACCAACAGUCUUCGCCUUCCUCUCUCACCCUUCCAGCGCACUCCUAGCUCACCAUCACUAAGUGCCGACAUAUUCUCCGAGCCUUCAUCUGCGAGAGAUCGUGAGUCCCUGGCAGAGCUCUGGGCUGGCUUCCUGGAACGUAGUGCACAAGAGGGAACCAGCGAUGGCCCCUCAAGGAAAGGCAGCACAAGUAGCGUAGCAACUGCAGGUGUGACAAUAGGCCGUCCAGAAUCUAGGUCUUGA